UUAGCUGUCAUUUUAGAUUCUUGUCUGUGCAAUUUAACAAACACCAUGAAGCCAUUACCAUAUGUCAUUUAUGGAAUACCAAGUAACAACUUUCACUUCAUUUCUCUUCCAAUUCUCUAGAAGCUAAGAUAUGAGUGAGAACUAAACAAAUUUUCUGCAUUGUUUUACCUUGACAGGUUUUCAUGGCAGCAUUUCCUAUGUUUUACAAAAUGCCCUACAAGGACAAAAAUUUACCAGCUCAAAAUGCAAUGAGGCAGAGUGAGAAGAGGUUCCUGUAUGAGUGUUAUAAAAUGAAGAGGUCCAUCUUUAUGUGCAGGAGUUUCCAACCAUGGAACAAAGUCAACAAUGCCCUCACAAAAUCAAACACAAGAGAGAGAAAUGUACCUAGGUGCACACUUCAUGACAAAGUUUCUCUGCAUAAGAAUGUGACAAGACUCUGUGUCUCAGACAAUCAGAGAUGUUAUUCAAAAAAAGAAAAUUUUUCCAGAGUUUGGUGCUCAGCAGGUUCUAGCUCAACUGAGAAGCAACUAAGGUCAUUAGAUUCUUAUUUUGGAAAACUCCAAGAUAAUGAAAAAUUGCGUACAUUUGAUUCCUCACACAAGGUGACACAGGUGUAUCAAACAGAGUGCCAAACUAGAUCAGAAACUGCAAUAGAGUCUCUUGAUGAGUAUCUUGGAAAAAUAAAUCAUGGAGCCAACCAAGAAUCUCGCAUGCCAUAUUAUGUUGAAAAUAGUAGUGAAGAAAAUUUAGCACCAAAACAAUCUGUGAGCGAAGACAUUGAAAGAUCACACUUUAGGAAACAAAAUGCUUUUGUGGGAAUAAGAAGACUAAAAGAUGUACACGGUCCAAGGUCUGAUACAGAUUCAUUGCAGCAUUUUGAAACCUCCAGUCUCUACCUAAUUGGCAUAUUGGUUUCUAUAAACAUUGCAGUGUUUCUAUUUGAAAUAGCAAGUCCUGUAAGGACUUCUGAUGUAGAGAUGUUUUCGAUUCCACUACUGUAUGGAGCAAAGAUAAACCAUUUGAUCAUGGUUGGAGAAUGGUGGAGGCUUAUAACACCAAUGUUUCUGCAUGCAGGAAUAUUUCACAUGGGUCUCAGUUGUUGGGCCCUUGUAACAUUUGGGCCUCAAGUUUGUAAAGACUAUGGUUCAUUCACGUUUUUCUUGAUCUAUAUAUUGGGUGGAAUUGCUUGCAACUUCACAAGUUUUCUACAUACACCAGACCCCACUGUUGGUGGAACUGGUCCUGUGUUUGCAAUAAUUGGUGCUUGGCUCAUGUAUCAAAUUCAAAACAAAGAUCUUAUUGCAAGUGAUGCUUCAGAGAGCCUGUUCCAGAAGGCAGUUAUUAUUACAGCUCUGAUGUUCAUAUUAAGCCACUUUGGUCCAAUUGACGAAUGGUCACACUUUGGAGCAGCCUUCUCAGGCAUGGCAUAUGGCUUUUUAACUAUUCCAACACUUCAGUUGAAUGAUACAUCAUCAGGAACCAGUCAAGAAGAAGGACUCAAACUUGUUAGAAAACAAGGUGAUUCUUGCAAAUCACUAUUCAUAUUCACCAUAUUCAUCGUUGUUCUAAGCUCAUUCCUAUUGUUCAUGGAGCCCCCACCAAAUGCACUGGCAUCUGUCAAUGCAGCAGCCUUUGAUGCCCUGGAAUAUGUGUUGAUAUUUGGCUGAUGCAACAUGUCAUCUACUCAUAAGGUUUCUGAACCAGAUUCACUUUGUGGGAAGGUACUUGCAAUUGCCCUACAAAGACAUGCAUAUUGUAAAAAAGGAAGUAAAAAGUGGGAAGUGAAAGAGAGGUACUUGUCACUUAGGUAGUUGUAUAAGAAUAUUAUAGGGUUACAAAAAGUAAGUUGUAUAUGCUAAGUCCACGGCCUAAUAAACUGUUGCAAACAAUAUUUUCAAGAGUAGAUUACAGUUCCCAUAUCUGAUAGAUGCUUAAAAUACAAAGCUCUUUUACCUCCGGUGUGUAAAGUUGCAUAUGCUAAGUCCCUUUUAUUGUAAAUAAGAUUUUAUGAUUGUACGAGAGUUAUAUGUUUAUUUUAGUUUAGUUUGUUGGCCCA